CUUACUCGUAGAUAUAAUAACGGACACAACCGGCGAGACAGACGCUACGAAACACAACUUAAACGGCACCAAAUACACCAAAAGAGCAACUACAAGUGCAAUUUUGAGGAACCUAUUCAUUGGAUUUGACUGAAGAAGACUUGGUCCUACACUUCAUUUCUACUACUUCUACUACUAGUUCUUAGCACAUUUCCUGUCUUUUGAAUUCAAAGUCAUCAUGUCUCAGCAGCAGAUCAGUCUACCAGCCAAACUCAUUAAUGGAGGCAUCGCUGGCAUCGUUGGGGUCACUUGUGUGUUCCCCAUCGACUUGGCAAAGACCAGGUUGCAGAAUCAGAGACGAGGUCAGCAAGUCUACAAGAGCAUGAUUGACUGCCUGGUCAAAACAGUUCGAUCAGAGGGCUUCUUUGGCAUGUACAGAGGUGCCGCUGUAAAUUUGACCCUCGUUACCCCUGAGAAGGCAAUCAAGCUGGCCGCUAAUGACCUUUUCCGCCAUCAUCUUUCCAAAGAUGGAAAGGGACUGACGGUGUUCAAAGAGAUGCUGGCUGGGUGUGGUGCUGGUAUGUGCCAAGUCGUUAUCACCACCCCGAUGGAAAUGCUGAAGAUACAGCUGCAGGACGCCGGCAGACUUGCGGCUCAGCAGCAAAAGCCAGUCAUGAUGUCUCCCACAAAGCUGGUGGCCACCAACACCAUGCUCAGCCGCUCCUACAACUCCGGCACCGUGGUCACACCACCUCGAGCUGUGUCAGCCACACAGAUAGCAAAGGAGCUUCUCCAUACCCAGGGCAUCCAGGGGCUCUACAAGGGUCUCGGGGCAACAAUACUUAGGGAUGUUCCCUUUUCUAUGGUCUACUUCCCGCUGUUUGCCAACCUGAACCGCCUUGGCAAACCCAGCCCAGAGGAGUCGUCACCCUUCUACUGGGCUUUCCUCUCAGGCUGUGCGGCUGGAUCUACAGCUGCAGUGGCUGUGAACCCCUGUGAUGUGGUGAAGACAAGACUGCAAUCACUGAACAAAGGGUCUGCUGAAGAGACAUACAGUGGAGUAGUGGAUUGUGUAAGUAAAAUAAUGCAGAAGGAGGGACCGUCUGCCUUCCUGAAAGGCGCCGGCUGUCGAGCUCUGGUCAUCGCUCCUCUAUUCGGCAUUGCUCAAGUUAUGUACUUUGUUGGUGUUGGAGAGUAUAUCAUGGACAACUCGCCUCUGAGCCUCCUGUCAGCAUGAGACUGUACCAGCGUGCUGGCCGGAUAUGCAUAGGACAUUUUGAGCGUAGAUGGAUGGAACAAGUGGCAGCUACACACCAUCGAUUUACAGUAAAAAAAGAAAAGAUAAAGAAAUGAGACCGUCGGGUCUGAUUAGUCAGAAAGGUUUCCGGGUUUGAAGACUAUCACCUACCAUCUUCUGUAUGGUCUAAAAGUUGUGUUGCACUUAAACACUUUUGUGGCUUAUUCAGUAGGCUAUUGCCAACGUUUGUAGUUGAAGCUAUUAGCCUUACUGAGUUGUGGGACUCAGAGUUGCAGUGUUAUUCUUUCUUUGUCCCCAAAGAGUCCUGUUCUGUUUCCCUCUGUGAGGGAAGGGGGCUAUGAAUCACUCCACCAAAGAGACAGACCUGGUUUUUGUUUUCUCUUCCAUGCUAUCCCUUUUUCAAAUGAUUUUGUAUGUGUAUGCUACAGUUUCAUUUUGACUUGAUGAAUGCAGUAGUUUGCAGUAGUUCUUUGUAUGUGUUUCUUUCUUAUCUGAUCUGUCUCAUGUUACAAAACCCUCAAAUUGGAGCUGAAUGCUUCAAUUAAGGGUUUACAUUUGGGCCCAAUUUACAUCAUUUAUUGCAAAGGGAUCUUUAAAAAAAAAAAAAAGUUUUACAUACAUUUUCAGGAAUAACUGAGUGUACCUGUUUAAUUUAACUGAUCAUGAACCUUCCUACUGACAGGGACCAUACGGUUUACCAAACCAUAAACAGUGUUCUGAUAUAUACUUGAUAUUAACCCUACAGUUGUUUAGCAAUCUGUGAACCACAGUCUUUGUAUCCUAAUAUCUGCAGAAACUUGAGAUGCAUUCAUGCACAUUAUAUAUGUAUGUGUUUGUCCACAUAACCUCUGUUUUUUUUAGAUAUUUAUAUAUGCAUACCUUUUCAGAUUUCGCUCUUAAAUUUCAGCCGUCUUUGGUUUAUGCCUUAACGGAGCAGAUUGACAUUUCUGCCUGAUUCCGGGGAAGCAAAGCUCCCCGCUAAAAAAAGGAGUAAAAAGAAGCAUUACUGUUACUGUGAGCAUGUGAGAAAUUCCUGUUACCAUACUUUGUUUUUUGUGAUGCUUUUUG